CGAACUCUGUUCUAUUGCGACGACAACGGCGGAUUAGAUAAACGUUGUGUGCGCGCGUGUGCUGCACAAGUACAGUCCAAUCGAAGUGUGUCGCCGUCACAAUUCUUAUCAAGUCUACCGGCGGCAGUUACCCGUGUCGUCGUCGUCGUUGCUGCCUCCACCAUUUUUUAAGUACAUGUUGUGUUUUUCGGCUUGAUAUUAUUCGCGUUCGGUUCAACGUUUUUUUGUUAAUGUUCACUCGGUAACACUUUCCCCCUCUCCCAGUUUCCAACACGACCGCCGUCACUGAUAGUUCGGUGUUCACGUGUAUCGAUAGACACGGCUGUGUAAUUGGAAUUUUUUUAUUUUGAAUUUAUUUACAAGUCCGUCGGUCUACACCGGUCCUCGAGUGGCUGCAGUCGACGGCCAACAACCACCCGACACGCAUUACAGUAACCAACCGACUGUCGACUCUGUGUUAUUAAAAUCGUGUACCAAGUGUUAAUUUUAUCGCCAGAAAAUAAAAUCUCUGAAAUAGUAAUUAAUCAUCGUCGUCAAAUCAACUGGAUAAAAUGAUCAGCUUUUGUUAGUAAUCGCUAUUGGUGACAACGCUGAGAAAGAUUUUUUUGUAUCUUUGGAUUAAAACUCAGUUAAUAAUGUUGGUUUGAACAUUGCUCACUCCUCGGGCGAGUUUUUCCCUCGACCCAGCACGUUCCUGGACCCUAAUAAUGGAUAUGAACGGUGGCGGGACAAGCAGCAAUGGAAAAACCAGAACGUGGCGCAGACUAAGUCUGAAACAAUACAAACGAGCACCUACUCAAGAAAUCGAAAAAACGCCAAAAAAAUGGACCAGUCUUCGACAACAUCGCAAAGCUGCAGAAGAAUCGGUAACCGAAAUAGAAUCUUCACCGCAAACUCAAAAAAGGACUAAUUGGGCAGUUUAUCAACAUUUUUCAACUGCAUCGGAUUCCCCGAAACCUUUAUUGAGUCGUGGUGCAAGUGGUACGAUUAAUUAUUCUGAGAUCGACCAGCAGCAAGAAGCUAGUGAAAGGAUUUCAUUAUCACCCAAUUCCAAAUUUGUAUCUGGGCUCUCUGAUGAGAAUGGAGACAUUUUCCGAGACUUUUCUAAACUUGGAUGCUGUCACAAAGUCACGACAUUGCUGACUUCAUCACAUCAGUUCAAUAACUUACAGGUUGAGAUGCUGUAUCAGAGAUAUUUUCUACGAACUAAUCAAAGUCACAUGAUUCAUUUACUAGUGCUAUUGUGUUUACUGUUUUCAUGUAUAGCCUUAGCCGUGCUUCUCUCAAACUAUGAGACUCAGGUUCAUUGUUCCUUGCUUCUAUUGUGUUGUAUAAUUAUUUAUUUAGUUAUAAUAGGCAUUAUGUCAAAAUCUGGACUAAAUGAGGUUUAUUUAAGUUUUGUUUCUUACGUGGUGUUGGCAACAUUUUUAUUAAUCGAAUUGUCAUUUGGCGUGCUAACCAAAUCACAAGCCAUCACCGUUCCUACAUUAGUUUUUGUUUACAUAUCAUACAGUUUAUUGCCCGUUAAAUUACAAUAUGCUAUUGUUGCUGGGACAAUAUUUAUGACAUCACAGCUAGUGUUUACUAUUUCAGUGGAACAAGAAUUAUCAAGACAGAGUUUAAUUAAUUUGUUAUUUCUGGUCUGUACAAACGUAACCGGUGUAAUGAUGCAUUACCCUAAUGAAGUGGCUAAAAGACAAGCAUUUUUAGAAACUAGACAAUGUGUUCAAGCAAGACUGACAACUCAAAGGGUGAAUCAACAACAAGAGAGACUGCUUUUGUCCGUUUUACCUAGACAUGUUGCUAUGGAAAUGAAAGCUGAUAUUGCUGGUAAACGUCAUGACAGCAUGUUUCAUAAAAUUUAUAUACAAAAACAUGAAAAUGUUAGCAUUUUAUUCGCAGAUAUCUGCGGUUUUACUAGUCUAUCAGAUCAAUGUACUGCUCAAGAACUAGUUAGGUUGUUGAAUGAACUGUUUGCUAGAUUUGAUCGGUUGGCUCAAGAAAAUUCAUGUUUACGCAUCAAAUUGUUAGGAGACUGUUAUUACUGUGUGAGUGGUCUUCCCGAACCCAGACCAGAUCACGCAAAUUGUUGUGUUCAAAUGGGUUUAGACAUGAUUGACGCUAUCACUUUGGUAAGAGAUGUGAUGGGUGUUAAUGUUAACAUGAGAGUAGGUAUACAUUCCGGACGUGUACAUUGUGGUGUCUUGGGGUUAUGUAAGUGGCAAUUUGAUGUAUGGUCUAAUGACGUAACACUAGCUAACCAAAUGGAAAGCGGUGGUAUACCGGGAAGGAUACACAUAACAGCAGAUACUCUUAGAUACUUGGGAAAUGCAUACCAAGUAGAACCUGGCAACGGAGGAGAGCGAAAUGCUUUUCUCAAAGAUCACAACAUCGAGACAUAUUUGAUAGUACCACCAGAAACGACUUAUGUAUCACAGUAUUACAAAAAGCAGAGUCCCGGGCCUUCAUACAAUGGCAAUAUAUCAAAAGAGUUCAGGAUUAUGGGUCACAAUCAACGGCAUAUAACUACGUUUACGUGUAAAGAUGAACCAGAAUUACAUAACGGAGAAGUGGAUGAAUAUUUGUUAUGCGCUAUUGAUGCAAGAAGUAUUGACCGACUCAAAGCCCAAUACUGUUAUCCAAUUACAUUGAAAUUCAAAGAUCCUAAUAUUGAACAAGUCUAUAGCAAAGAACCCGACCGAAUGCUUCAUUCAUAUAUGGCCUGUACUGUAUGUAUAUAUUGUGCUAUAACUGCUGGACACAUAAUAGUUCUACCAUUGACGUAUUUGUUAAUAGGAUGUUUGGCUAUAGGGUGGAUAGUGAUUUUACUAGCAGCCUGUGUCAUAUUACACAGUAAGCGGACGGAAGUAACAGUAAUACUUAAAAAAGCAUCUCAAGCUAUCAAUCAAAAUCGAUCAUUGGCCCAAUCGCUAGCAGUGACAAUUGUCAUAUGUUGUUUUUUAACCUCCAUGACACCAUUGAUUAAAUAUAAGUUAGAAGUAUGUUUUAAUGAACAAUAUCAAAAUAUAACGAACGUGCAUAUAGUUAAUGAUAUAGAAGACUCAUUGAUCUUAGAAAAUACUUGCCAAUUAUUGUUUAAUUACAUGACAGUUUGUAUAAUAAUACUUAUGAUAUUGGUAGCUGUGUAUCAAGUACUCAUCAGUAUCGUUAAACUUUUCCUGUUGAUAUGCAUAUCAUCCAGUUAUUUCAUAUCAUCCAGUAUAUUUUUGAACCACAGACCAAUAGAAGAAUCAUUUUGGAUCCGAAUUCUAAUGUUUGUCAUAAUGGUAGGACUAAUCAUUGCAUUAAUCCUACAAGCGCAACAAACUGAAGUUACUUCUAGGCUCGAUUUUCUUUGGAAAUUACAAGCGACAGAGGAAAAAGAAGAUAUGGAACAUUUAGAAGCUUAUAAUCGUAAGCUUUUGGCAAACAUUCUUCCAGUUCACGUCGCAGAACAUUUUUUGACAUUAGACAAACCAGUUGACGAGUUAUAUCAUGAACAAUGCGAUCAUGUGUGUAUUAUGUUCGCAUCUAUACCAAACUUUUCUGAAUUCUAUGUGGAAUUGGAAGCUAACAAUGAAGGCGUAGAAUGUUUGCGACUGUUGAAUGAAAUCAUAGCCGAUUUUGACGAGUUGCUCAGUGAACCAAGAUUUCAAUGUAUAGAAAAGAUCAAAUCUACAGGUGCAACUUACAUGGCUGCGUCUGGUCUUACGAGGAAUACAUGUGACAGCCGUCAGUUUUCACACGUCACUGCCAUGGCGGAUUAUGCGCUACGACUGCGCGAGCAAUUGGCCUAUGUCAAUGAGCAUUCAUUUAACAAUUUUCGCAUUCGAAUAGGCAUAAAUAUUGGAUCCGUAGUAGCUGGUGUUAUUGGUGCUCGAAAACCUCAGUACGAUAUUUGGGGUAAUGCAGUAAAUGUCGCUAGUAGAAUGGACUCAACGGGAAUUCUCGAUCAAAUACAAGUAACCGAUGAAGUUUAUCAAAUACUCAAAUUAAAAGGAUACCCGUUAACGUGUCGUGGUGUCAUAGAAGUAAAAGGAAAAGGAAAUAUGGUUACCUACUUUUUGGACGAUUAUGCUCAACAAAAUUAAUGUUGAAAUGCUGUUUUUUAUUCUUUAUAGAUAUAAAUUAUUAUACAGUGUAAAUAAAAUAUAUUGAUGUGUUAUGUUCUCAGAUUAUUGUUCAGAAUUUAUUAGUAUUUAAUUUUUUGAAAGAAAAUAUACAUUUGAAUUUUUUUUAAUUCAG